CCAUCCCCACCAAUAUUAUUUGUUUGUCAGUCUGUCUUUUGUGUUGGGGCAAAGCCAAAAUGGUGAGAUGUCCCUUUCUGAAAUGAAGACCUUUGGAAGCGUUUCGAUGUGAGUGAGAUGUCAUCGCUAAACCUGUUGAAGGGGUACAUGUCAGAGGAGGACACGGAAGCAGAAGCAGAAGCAGAUGAACAGCACAGCAAACUCCCGUUGCCAAAUUCGCUGAAGAGAGUCUUUCCCAAAGAGGAAGUCGAAGACGACCCAGAGAAGCACGAUGGCAGAGUUAGGAGUUACCCACACCAAAGAGGCAACUGGAAUUCUCUCGUAUACAUACCUUACCAAAGGAAUCCUCCCUUUGAUCUUCUCUGCGACCAGAUAAUCGAGUUCUGCGAGCCGGAGAUCGAGUUGAAAAGAGUCGAGGAGCCGCACAUCAGCCUUACGAGGACGUUUGUUCUUCUGUACCACUGGAUAGACAACUUUGUCUCGGCGGUUAAAGGCUCGAUCCAGACCUUCUCGAGGUUUGAUCUUCAGUUUGACGAUCUGAAGGUUUACUGCAACGAAGAGGGCACUCGGACUUUCCUCGCCCUCGCGGUCGGCUUCGGCAAGAUGGAGAUUACCAAAUCCGUUCAGGUUUUGGACAAGUGCCUAAGUGAAUAUAAGCUGCAUCCAUUUUACAAUGAGGCAUCGUUUCACAUGAGUAUCUUGUGGUGCCUUGGAAACAAAAAGUCUGAACUCGAAGCGAAACUGCCCGAACUGAACAAAGUAUUCGAAGCGAACGUCAGUGACUCACUCGAUCUCACAAUCCCUAUCACUUCGUAUAUUUGUAAGAUUGGCAACAAAAUCUAUAACCUAAAGCUAUUGUGAUUUAUAUUUUGUACUUAAAUUAUAUAUUUUAAUUUACCCUCUUG